AUGAAGGAGCAGAAAAUGAAGGUGGAGAAGCAUUUACAAAGGAGAUACACGAAGGGGAAAGUGAACGAGCAGGAACGAGCAGAGAAGGAAAGGUCGAAGGAAAAUGAAGCAUUGAUGAGCAGCCAUUGUUUCUUCCUCCUCGGCUCCUCCUCCCUCUUCUUCCCUCAUCGACAUGAGAAAACUGACUCAGAUCAAUCUCGUGCUCUCCAUUCUUCUUCUUCUAAUCUUAAUCUUUUCUGCCAUACCUUCACAGUUCCAGAUAAAUCCAUCAAACUCCUCAGAGCACACAGGAACCAAGAUGGCUUUACUGGAAAAGAAACACGAGAACUGAAGAAAUUGUUAAAAGGCGCUGCAAACAACGAUAACAUGGUGAUAAUCGCCAUGCUGGACGAAGCCCAAAACUCUGUUUUUGAUCUGUUCAUCCAGAGCUUCAAGGUGGGCAAUGGAACCAGUAGCCUACUGAACCACCUGGUGGUCUUGGCGCUGGAUCGAGAGGGCUUCGAGCGCUGCGGGGCUCUGCACUCGCAUUGCUAUUUCCCUAAGCACACCAGCAAUUUAAGAGGAAGCAGGGAGACGAUGAUGAUGGCGAGGCAGAUUGAGUUCUCAAGGCAAGUUUUGGAGCUCGCGUACAACUUAAUAUACACGGAUUUGGACGUGAUGUGGUUUCGGAAUCCCGUGCGCCAGUUUGACUGUAUCUCCCUGUUGAUCUUAGCGACGGAGCGCUACCGAGGAGAGCGGUCGUUUGGAAGCAGGGCAAACGGAGCUUUCAUGUUCGUGUUGUCCGCCGACCAGACGAUUGAGUUCUUCAAGACUUGGCGCUUAACCAUGAGGCUGUAUGCCGGCGAAGAUCGGGCGGCGAUCUUAACCAGAGCCGUGCGCGAAGGCACCUACAAUUUCGGCCCGAAGGUGCAGCUUCUGGACACGGAUCUCUUCGGCGAUGUUUGCCGGCGCGACAUGGAUCUCCGGGAGAUUUACACGGCGAGAGCCGGGUGCUGCAUGGAGAGGGGAGAUAAGUUGAGCGCGAUGAGAGCUCUUGCUCGGGCGUGGAGGAACUACACGGCGAUGAGCGUGGAGGAGGGACGAAGUUCCUCCGCCAUUAUGGCCAGAUACAAGUGUAGAAGUUAA